AGUGAGUGGACAGGAUGGGGAAGACGUAGAAAGAGAGAGCUGGAAAACACGAAUUAAACGUAAUGAGAAGUAUUACAAAACAACUUUUAAAGUUGCCCGUGUUAUGUUUGCGGCUUACGACGGCAUAUGUUAGUAUCUAACAGAAAAGCAGCAACUUUGGCUGUGCGUGUUUUUUACAGCGAUAAGAAUUACAGUCACUUUGUGAGGAUGUCAGCCCCCAACAACUCGCUCCAGCAGCCGAGGGUGAGACGCAGCAAUGCGGGCUCCCCCGGCUCCUUCAACAACAGCAGCUGCCGUUUGCACCCCAUCCGUGCCACUGUACCCUACCAGCUCCUGCGUGCGGGUCAGAGCAGCCCCACGCGGCCGCAGACCCUAUACGGAGCAGCCACGAGCCACAGCCGGGGCUCCAGCCCCCCCUCCAGUCCGACACUCAGUUCAGGAAGUGCAAAUGCUAAGCAAAGACUGUCCCCCGAAAAUAAGGAAUCGUCCUGCCCCCCAGAUUCUCCAGUUUCUAGAGCAGAAAGAUCCAAAUUACAAGUAAGGAAUUCGAGUGCCAUCCGGCGGGCUUCUUCCUUGGACGCCAUCACAGGGCCAUACCUCACUGGACAGUGGCCUCGAGACUCCCAUGGACCUUACCCUUCCUGUAUGAAAGACAAAGCCACGCAGACUCCGGGUCUCUGGAUCGAUGAGGGAGCAGAACAGGGAAGUCCUCACCAGCGUUCAGCCUCCUGGGGCAGCGCAGACCAUCUCAAAGAGCAGAUUGCUAAACUGAGGCUACAGCUGCAGCGUGGCAAACAGGUCAGCCGUCAGAGCAAAGACAGGGAGCAGAGCUCGCUGCAGCUCCCACAGCAGGCGCAGCACGGCACUGCGUGCCAGCCACAGUAUAAAGGAACUUCAACGACAAUCCCCGUGAUAAAAUCCCUCAUCUGCAGGGUGCCGAGCAGCGUGGAGGGCAUCAACCAUGAGCUAGAAAAUGUGUUUAUUAGAGAGGACUGGGAGCAGGGGAUACAGACAAUGGAUGUGGUAGAUGGCCGCCGCGCCCCCUUCCCUCCACAUCGGUACAGCAGCAGUGGGGACACACGUGACACAGACACACAGGCUCCAUCAAGCGGUGAAUCCAGCCCGUCGCCCCGUCCAUGCAGCUCUGAUCACCUCCACUCACCUGAUGGGAGCCCCUGUUCUGCAGAGGACAUUGACAAAGACAGUUUGUGCAGUUCUCCUCUCCCCAAGUUUGCCACGUCACCCAAACCUAACAACAGCUACAUGUUCAAACGGGAACCUCCAGAAGGCUGCGAGAAGGUCAAAGCCUUUGAUGAGUUGGUGUCUGGCAAAUCAAAAGGCUUCCCUCUCUUCUCGUGCCCUGACAAAAACAAGGUGAACUUCAUUCCCAGGGGCUCGGCCUUCUGCCCCGUUAAACUCCUCUGCUCCUCCCUUUUCUCCCCCAUCUCUCCCUCUUCCUACACUUCUGUCAGCUCCGGUUUCCUUGGCAACAGCAGCUCUGGACCACAGGUCGCCCCAAGUGUGCCCACGGCACCUCUAGCUACCUUUUCGUCCUCCACAGACAGAAACGGCAACUCGAGCGGUGGCGUAAACUCAGACAGCAGCACAGGCAGCCAGACCCCUGAUGCAGAUGUGGGGAAAGACAGCUCGGCACAAGUACUCCUUACCAGCUAGUCCUCAGGUAUCCACGACCAAACCACCUACAGCUAAAAUAUUGCAACUAGUCAGGUAUGGUUUAAAAGAAGAAAAAAAAAAAAAAAAAGUGUAUUGCACUCCGAUAAUUCUAACGUUAGCCAGCAGGGAGUGUCCAAGGUCUAGAAAUACUUAAAAGGAUAAUGGUACCAGCAUCCUGCUGCACAAGCAUCGCUACUUGAUCCUAGUUUUAGUCCCACUGUCAGUGAACUCUGAUGGUUUGGGCAUUAUUGCUGACCUUGGGCAGAGCCUCUCUCUUCACCCAUCACUAACCUAGUCUUCUCCUCUGUACUAUAA